UUUCCUGAGGUUGACCAUCGCGCAGACACUCACACCAUCCGCAAGGCCUAUUUGGCGAAACAGAAGGUGGUGCAUCCUGACGUCGCGGGUGUCGAGGCUCAGGAGAUGAGCAUGCUGUUGAACAGCGCCUUCGACGUGCUGCGAGACCCGGAGAAGCGUUCGGUCUACGAUGCCAGUUUGAACAACGAUAACCAGGAGCACUUCGAAGAGCACGAAGACACAGGGCCCACGUGGGCCUGGAUGCCCAAAGAUACCCGCAAGCCUGUAUACCAGGGUCGCCCGCGAUCCCGGUCACUCUGGGACCGUGUGCCUGAGAAGAACCGCGGGGAGAAGUGGGAGCAGCAGCGCUUCUUGUUCGUUGAUGAGUUGCGCUGCAUCCUUUGUUGGAACUGUAUUGAGUGUGCCCCGAAGAGCUUCUGCAUGGACGCCGACCACCUGCGCGCCCGCGUCUAUGCCCAGUGGGGCAAUUGCGAGGACGACCUGACGUGGGCGGUGAAGUCCUGUCCGGUGGAUUGUAUCUCCUGGGUGAGCCGUGAGGAGCUGCAGGUCCUGGAGCACGUCACCGCGGAUCACUUCCACACCUACUCCCCGGCCAUCCGCCGCUUCAGGGCCUCCGAGCUGCCGCACUUGGCUGAGAAGUUUGUCGAGAAGCGCAGGCACAAGGCAGAGCUUGCGAAGCAGCGCCGCGAGCUCGCGUCGAAGCACCUGAGCGUCACCAACGAGCAGUUUCAUGAGCAGCUCCGCAACGCGAUGAAGAAGCUGCCGCCGAAUCUGCGGGCAGCCGGAGGCUGGAGCUGAGGUGACCAUGACGCUGAUGCAGCUACGUGCUACCUGCACUAAUGCUCCAGGUCAGGAGGAGGCCUGAGCCUCGAGCAUUGAGGGCCACUCUCAGGAGCGUCCGCGUUCUGAUUUCGUGGCAUGUUCUCCUGAAGAGAGUUGGCGCACUAAGUCUGCAGAUGGCAGAACCAUUGCUUUCCACAGCAUGGAAAUCCGGUGAUGUGAAGUGAGUGUCAUGUGACCUGAUUUCAAGCGCGCGUCCAUGCGCACACAUACGGUGGAAGGAGGA